AUAAGAACCUCCAAGUCUUCAACUUUCUCCCAAUCCCAGACACCUCGAAGGGGCUCCAAGGAGGGAUCGGGAGGGAAUUUUUUUUGGUUGGCUUUUUUUUUUUCCUCUUGGAUCCUGAUGCCAUCCCCCCUCCCCCCAAAGUGAGGUCCUCCCUCCCUCCCUCCCUCCUCCUCCUCCUUCUCCUCGCAGGCCAGCGAAGCAGCCGAUCAAGGGGGAGCUGGCGGGUUAGGUGCCCCCCUCUUCUCCCUGCCCUCCCCCCCCUCCCGGCCCGCUUCUCGCGUCUCCCCCCAGAGAUGAUGCAGCAGGACGAGUCAAACUCGCCAGUCUCCCCCGCCGACGACAGCUUGAGCAACAGCGAAGAGGAGCCGGACCGGCAGCAGCUGCCCAACAACAAGAGAGGGGGGCGCAAGCGGCGCUCCAGCCGUCGCAGCGCCGGCGGCGCCGUCGGGGCCGCGGACGAGCCCUGCAGCCCGGCCCAAGGCAAGCGGGGCAAGAAGUGCGGGGCGGGUGGAGGCGGCGGCGGCGGCAGCAGCAGCGGCGGCGGCAGCCCCCAGUCUUACGAGGAGCUGCAGACCCAGCGUGUCAUGGCCAACGUGCGGGAGCGGCAGCGCACGCAGUCGCUGAACGAAGCCUUCGCCGCCCUGCGGAAGAUCAUCCCCACGCUGCCCUCGGACAAGCUGAGCAAGAUCCAGACCCUCAAGCUGGCGGCCAGGUACAUCGACUUCCUCUACCAGGUCUUACAGAGCGACGAGCUGGACUCCAAGAUGGCAAGCUGCAGCUAUGUGGCCCACGAGCGGCUCAGCUACGCCUUCUCGGUGUGGAGAAUGGAGGGCGCCUGGUCCAUGUCCGCAUCCCACUAGCAGGCGGCGUCCCCCACCCGCAUCCCCCCGGAAGGAGACCUAGAUGACAUUGUUCCCACAGAAGGAGAAAAUGGACAAUCUAGAGACUCUGAAGUUGGAUACGAUUCUUAUGGUCUUGUCUUAAAAAAAAAAAAAAGAAAAAAAAAAAGAAGUACCAAGGAUUUCUUGGAAAUUAGAAGAACAAUAUCCAAAUUCAAAGCAGGGCGCGGGGAGCACUUAAGGAAAGAGAAAGAGAAAGAGACAAGGGCUUUGGACAGUGACUACACUUUGGGCGUCGGUACAAUCCACACAUCUCUGCAUUCUGAUAGAAGUCUGAAUCGUUCAUUUUUUAUUUUUUUUUUUAAUUUUGACGAAGAAUGUUGGAAUUUAACUUUUUUUUAUUUGUUUUUUUUGGUUUUUUUGGUUUUUUUUUUUGUUUUUGCAUGCAUUCCCUAGAGGUCGUGCCUGUGAGCCACUGAUGAAAGAAAAUACGUUAUUGUGGACUUUCUUCAUUCUUGAAUGAAACCAAUCAACCAACCAAAAAUAUCCCUGUAGAGAUGAAAACCUUUUUUUUUUUUUUUCCCCCUUUUUUUUUUUUUUUUUGUGGGGGGAAUAAGCUGGGCUCGAGCUGUUAUAUACCCGGUUCCUAACUUUUUUAUUAUUAUUAUUUUUCUUCUGAGAAAAAAAAUAAACAUUUUAUUUAUUUAUUGAUGACCCAUGUUAAAAUGCAAAUAGAUCCGGUGUCUAAAUGCAUUCCUAUUUUUAUGAUUGUUUUGUAAAUAUCAUUGUAUAUUAUUUUUCUGCAAUAAAUAAAUAUGAUUGAAAUUUUAA